AGCCCAGCACUAAUGAAAUAGUAGUACCAAAUCAAGCAGCGAAAUGCUCCUUCCAGUGUCUCAGUAGUCUGCAAGACAGAUAGAGACAAAGGAGAAUGAAUGAGCCAUGUCAGUUUUUGUAGCGCCCUCGUCCUGUAAGAGCCUACUGGUAUCUGGCAAACCAUGGAACCACAAGGCGGUGGUGCUGCCACCCAGGUUGCAAUGCGGCUUCACCUUCAGCUGCCAAACAAAGCCAAAGCCUUUGAUGAUUAUGGCACAGGUGGCCAACCCUUCAACGUAUUCUUCCAGAAUCUCCACCGACGUCCCUCUCUAUGAACUUCCCGGGGCCACUUUUGACCAAUAUCUCGAGGAUAAGCCCAGAGUUUUUAGAGCCAUCUUUCCUGACAAACAGAGAAGCCAGCAACUUAGUGAGGAAGAAUGGAGAAUUAAUAUGCUACCCAUAGACUUCCUGUUCCAAACCGUCAAGCCAGUAAUUGACAUGAGAGUGAGAUGUAAAUCACAAGGGAUUGAAUACCCUCCUGAGGUUCCUAAUGAUAUUACAAAGGUGGUCGAACUUGAAAUUAUUAGAUGGGAGCUUCAAGGACUAGAUGAUGUGCUAAAGCCUUCUAAUUUUUCCCUUGGAGUAAAAGGAAUUCUUUACCCUGAUAGACGGGGUCCUCGUACUAGGCUUACAGGUACACUGCAGAUUAACAUGAGCUUCAUUCUCCCAGCUGCGCUCUCACUAAUUCCUGAAGAAGUUCGUCGAGAAGUUGCAGAGUCGGUUCUAAGGAGAUUAAUGGAGAACAUGAAGAGUAAAGUUAACGGUAGCUUGCUUGCUGACUAUAGUUCAUUUAAGAGGGAAAAGUGCAUCAGAUAGUUAUGUACUCAAGACACCGAAUGACAGUUGAGAUUACCAGAGGAGGCCUCAUGAUCUGAGGAGUCUGUGUAGGAACGUGAGAGGAUGUGUUCUUUCCCAGCAAGUGAAAAAACGAAAGAUGUAAUUUUUUGUUUUUAUUUCUCAGACAUUUACCGUAUUAAGCAACUUCUUCCAAACUACCAGCAUGCGUUCUUUCCCCCUCCAGAAUUGGCAGAUGAUAACAAUGAAAUUAAGUUCCUUUUUCCAAGUUGUCUCUGCUAUCCUGAGUUUGCUAUGAUGUUGCUGCCAAAAGAAAUAAAGGGUGCAGUUGUUGUGUUGCUGGUCCAUGUUCUCUACGAGUCGAAAGUUACAAACUAGAACUUCGUUUUA